AUGAAGCACUUGCCACAAGCCAGGCCCGAUGGCAGGUCCCCCAGAGCCUUCCGCCAAGGGCAGUUGGCAGGCCGAGCGGCAGCCAUCUUGGUUGUAGUCCGCAAAACUCCAACUCCCAGCGGCCCUCGCGGCCGCGGGCCUCCGCACAACAAGUCCCGGCAAGCGGCUUCGCUUCCCGUCUGCGGCCACCUGUCGGGCCCGGGGCCGGGCGCGGGCUGCCCUCGCCCCCUGACCGUGCUGUCCGCUUGCUUCCCCAGGGUUCCGGUUCACAGUAAGAAGAGACACAAGCGGGAGCAGCAGGAGGAGGAAGAUGAUUGUCCAGUGAGAAAGAAAAGACUGCUGGGAGCAGGGCUCUGUCCUGGCUCUACUGACUGGAUUCUUUGUGCACAUCAGGAAGUAGAAGGUCAUGGCGUCAAUCCGUGCACUAGUGGCCUUUCUCUGUCUGGCACGUUAGAUGUGGCCUUUGAAGAAAUGGACCAGACAACUGCUGAACCACAAUGUGAAGUUGCCCGAAGGAAGCUUCAGGAAAUUGAGGACAGGAUAAUUGAUGAAGAUGAAGAAGUUGAAGCUGACAGAAAUAUUAACCAUCUCCCCAGCCUAGUCCUUUCUGAUACCAUGAAAACAGGAUUGAAGCGAGAUUUUGAUGAGAUCUUUACCAAGAAAAUGAUUGAGUGCAUGAGCCGUCCUUCCAUGGAGCUCGUGCUCUGGAAACCUCUCCCUGAACUCCUUUCUGAGAAGCCAAAGCCAUCACCCAACACUAAGAACUACCCAGGAGAGAAGCUGACCAAGCACAUGGCUGCCAGCCCUGCCUUCUCCCAGAGAACUGAACUGUUCUUGGAACCAAGACAAACAGGGGUGCCUCUCUAUAGUAGCGUGGAGACAGCCGCUUGCACAGAAGAAGAGAUGGAACUUUAGGAAUGGUUUUCUACAGUAAAGUCACAUUCUAGAAGGUUCUUGUGUUCAGCUAUGAGCCUGUCUGCCUAGAAUAGGGACUUGAAGGUUUUCUGAAGCGGGCCUGAUAAAACCCCACUUGGGAUCUGGGCUGGACAAUCACUUUGAGUGUCCACUCACUGAAUUCAACUUUCUGCCAAGGAAGCUUUCCUCAAGGGAAAAAGCUGGUUUUCUGGGUGUGGUGGGAGGGCGGCUGAUUAAAGCACUGCCAGCCUCUUCAGAGGCAAGUGGAGAAGCUGAGUGGGCAGGGGCCACUCUGGUCACAGAGGACACUGCCUAAACCCUGCAGACACUGGGAGACGAGUCUCAAUGGAAAGGAACAGGUUCCUCCUCCCACCAACCGUUGGAGCAUGACUAGCCUGGUUGGCUCUGUUUACAUGCUUGUCUGUAUAGCACUGGUAAGAAGUGAGCACAGCAGGAGCUGCCGCCUAUUGUUAGGAAGUUGAACAGCACCCUAAACCUCUUCCUCGAGUUGUCAGUUUACUGUAGCUGUGCCGAUUGAAGUAGCCAACAGCAUAGUGGCUCACCUCAUCACCAGACGCUGAAAAUGCCGAGGAGAAAACACAGAAAAGGUUUUUCCUUCAAAGCUGCUUUGUCCUGCCGUUGUUCCUUGGUUUCCCCUGUGUAAUUGCGAGCCUGGCUGAUCAGCAAAGGUUACUGCUUAACUCUGAAGGGUAGACAAGUGUACCUGUAUUAGCAAGUUGUUUGGGUUUACUUGUUUGUCUUUUAGUACUAAUUUAGAAAACAACGAAUCCGUUGAGAACCCAAUGGGCAAGGGACAUUGAGAUUUACUGAAAGAGCCAAUUGACAUGGUGCUUAACCAAUUCCACAGGAAGGCUAACAGACAGUAGAGAGUGGCUCUCAGCUUGCAGGGCACCUUUGCUCUUUGAACACCUAGCCCAGGCUCAAGGUGCCCCUCAGGGAUAACCAGGAUUGAUAUUUCUAAUUUCUCAGGAAGAGUUCUUCUGUGUGGCAAAGGACUCAGGGCAAAGUAAAAUGGCAAUUUAUCUACUGCUACCAAAUAUCUGUUAAUGACUUUUAACUGAGUGUAAUACUGACCCUUUAGUCACCUGACAGGAGACCACUCCAGUUUGUCAUUUUUGUGUGGGGAUGUCAUCCCCCCUUUGUAGGGCUUGGAUUCCUUGCGUAGAAAAAGAAUGCUCUAUCCAGUAGAGGUAAAUGUUCAGAAUCCAGCUCCCAGGCAUCCCUGAAACUCGUGUUAGGAGGUCCCUUACCUUCUUACAUAUGGUGCAGGAGUUGGUUACAAGUCUGGUCAUUGGGGCUUGUUUUCUUCUCUUGGCCUGUUGUUCCUGCUUUCUCACAUCUGUCUGGAUAGUCAGGAAAAGAUUUAAUGUUUAAUAUUUAAACAGAAUAUUUAAUGUCUACAUAGUAAAAUGACCCAAACUGCAAUUCAGUAUUGAAACCAGUUGGAAAACCAGCUAAUAGUUUUCUUGCUCUCAGUCUUGGAGGUGAAUGUAAACCAUACCCUGUUGAAAUGUGUGCGUGGGUUUGAGACAUGUUGUUUGGAAAACUCCUGCCUUGUGAACAGUGUUUAACGGGACCAACUGAAAGCAUGUGGCCUUAAAGGAGUCUCCAUGCUGAGAAAUUUGUUCUAGCACAAAGAGAAGCCAGAAGGAGCGGCCCCAGGGUGGCAGUUGGCCUUUGUGCAAGGGUGGAAGAUGAGCUGGCAACUUUCCAGAGGAGGACUUCUCUGGGAGUUGUUGGGUAGCCCUCAGAUCAAAAGGCCUCUAGACCCUUUGGGAAGGAGGCGAGCAAGGACCCAAAACAAGACUCUUACCCUAUUGGUAGAUCUAAAAAAUGAGAAAAGUUGGUGGAAAAAUAGGAUGAAAAGAGAAUUGAAUUUUUCCAAGAACGUUUUGGAGCCCCACUGUGUCCCCAACACUUUUGAGGGGGGGAGGAAAAUUCAGAUUUAGUUCAUUACAGUCCAGCCAGACCUUGUUUCAGGAGUCGGUUGUCUGACAUAAGUAAUCUGGCAGGAAAACGGAUGGUUCGUGUUCAUGUGUGAAAUGUCAUCUUGUUGGGUGUGCUUGGACAAGGAUUAUUUUCUUCCCCAUGAGUGGUCGGCACAGUCCCCAUGCCUCUGCUUUGCUCUUCUUUCCCAGCCCAGGGUUUUUGCGUUGGCCCUUAGGUUCUCCCUCCCCGGUCUGGUUCAUUGUCACCAGUAUGGUAGCAUGGAUCAAACUCUGGCAUACCAUGCUAAUGUGUGAAGAGAAAAAGCUAUCUUAAAGCAGGUGAGCUUUAAAGAACAAAUGUAUAUUUUUUCUAAGUUUGAGUAGGAUGUCUGUGUGUGGGUGUUUGUUUUUUUUUUCAAUUAAUAUGAAGAACUGGUUCUCACAAAUAUUAAUUAUAUUAAAGGAUAACUCAUUCUUGAAAAGGUAAAGUUUAUUAGAAACAUAACUAGGGCGGGAGCAAAACUGAAGGAUGAAAGUAAAUUUAUUCUUUUGGAUUUGGAACUUGGUUUUGUUUUUUAAAUUGUGACAAGAAUGGGUGAAUAGCAGGAAAGUUCGGGAAGGUGCGAUCAAUUUUACUUUUAAGUUGAGAAUCUGGUUUCUGUAUUUUAUGGUUUCAAUAAAACUUGUGUUUUGGACUUUU